CUUUGAUGGAUGACAUGCUGUUUCUGAUGGGAUGUGAGGAGAGGAACUUUUUUGCUAUGAUUGUGUGAAAACAGUAGGUUGGAUGAAAGGCGACUAAGAGAAAUGGAGGAACCGACACCCAGUAAGCAGAUGACGUCUCAUUUUAAUGACGUCCAGCAGGUUUUGGUGGUUAAAGAGGAAGUUCCUGCUGACGAGCAGAACUGGAGUCCCCGACUGGACCAGGAGGACCAGAAGCCGGCACAGAUUAAGGAGGAACAGGGGGAUGCCGAGAUCACAUUUAGUCCUCUUCCACCAAAGUGUGAAGAUGAUGAGAAACCCCAGCUCUCAGAACCUUAUUACUGUAAACCUGUAGAGAACCAUGACGUUGUUGGACCAGAACCAGAUGAGUGUUUUGAAUCGGAUAUUAAAGAUAAAACUUCAGAUUCAGAGACAGACGUCAGUGAUGGACACUGGGAGGACAAUGAAUCUCAGUCAUGUUUAGACUCUGUGAAAAAUAAGAAAGUCUGUAAAGUUCCUACGAUAUAUAACAGAGAAGAAAAGAUGCACAGCUGCACUGAGUGUAACAAAACAUUUAACAGCAGGUCAUAUUUAUUAAGACACAACAGAAUCCACACAGGAGAAAAACCUUUUAGUUGUUCUGUCUGUAACAAGCCUUUUACGUGGAAGCAUGGGUUAGUCCAGCACAUGAGUCUGCACAGUGGAGAAAAACCUUUCAGCUGUUCUGUCUGUGGUCAAAUGUUCAGAAGAAAGGAAGAUGUAGCUUCCCACCUGAUACGGCACUCUGCUGAAAAACCCUUCGGCUGCUCCGUUUGUGGGAAAAAGUUCAAGAGAAAGGAAAGCGUCACUCAUCACAUGAGGCGGCACACUGAAAAGAAACCCUACAGCUGCUCCUUCUGCGACAAAUCCUUUACUUUAGAAAUAACUUUAUUGGAGCACACCAGGAUCCACACAGAGGAGAAACCGUUCAGAUGUUCUGUCUGUAAUGCAGCUUUUAAAAGGAGGUACACCUUAAAAGAACAUACAAGAACCCACACCAAAGAGAGACCCUACAGCUGCUCCAUCUGCGGCCGCAACUUUGCUCACAGGUCGUAUCUAACCGUCCACAUGAGAGGUCAUGAAGAAGAAAAACCGUACAGCUGCUCUGUCUGCAGCGCAGCUUUUAAAAGGAAGUACAGCCUGACAGAGCACACAAGAACCCACACCAGAGAGAGGCCUUACAGCUGCUCGGACUGUGGUCGGAGCUUCAUGCACUGUAUAAGCCUGAGGCGUCACAUGAGAAGUCACACCAGAGAAAAGCCUCUUUGUUGCUCCAUCUGUAAGGCCACGUUCAAAUGGGAAAAAACUUUUCUGAGGCACAAAAAAAUCCAUACAGGUCUUUUUUUAGCUGAGCCCCAGGUGCUUCAUACUCACGACAGCAUUGAGUCAAUCUGAUGACAACAAACUUCAACUUUGCUGAUGAACGUGAGCUUUAUGUUGCUCUGAAACAUCCGUGUCGUACUGUUAGCUUAGCGCGCAGCACCGUUAAGCUCACGGUCUAAUUUAGGCGCAAUUUUGACAACUUUCAGUGUAAUAGGCCGGUACGCUGAAAUGUGCUUGAUAAAACCUUCCUGGUUGGAGUUGCUAAUUUACCCCAUUUAUCCUCCCAGGUGUGUUCCAUGUUAUUCAGUUGG